AUGGCGGCGCCCAGCGCUGCUGCCCCGGAGAGCGAGGAGGGGCCCGGGGGUAAACCGAAGUCCCCAGCCGUCACCCCGCAGAAGAUCCGGGAGCUGAUAGACGGGGGGAUCGCCCCGGAGGAGCCCGGCCUGGAGGGAAAGGACACAUCUGCCUUGUCAGAAUCAACUAAUGGCUCUUCACAAACGGAUGCUCUUCCUUUUGAGACAACUAGUAAAGAAGCCUUCUUCAGCAGAGUAGAAACGUUUACUUCUUUGAAGUGGGCAGGCAAACCUCAUGAGCUGUCCCCCCUGAUAUGUGCCAAAUAUGGAUGGACCAAUAUAGAGAGUGACAUGCUGAAGUGCUCCAGCUGCCAGGCCUUCCUCUGUGCAAGUUUGCAGCUGGCAUUUGACUUCAACAAGUACAAGGAGAGGUGUGCGGCGCUGAAGAAAGCUUUGUGUACUGCCCACGAGAAGUUCUGUUUCUGGCCAGACAGCCCCUGCCCAGAUCGCUUUGCUGUUUUACUGGUUGGCGAGCCCAUAGCCCUCGUCAGUGACUUCCUGGAUCGCUUUCAAAGCCUGUGUCAGCUAGAACUUCAGCUGCCCUCUCUGAAACCAGAGGAUCUGAAAAAUAUGUCCUUGACAGAAGAUAAAAUCAGCCUUCUCCUGCAUCUGAUCGAGGAGGAACUCGAAUGCAAAACCGAAGGGGAGAAAACACCGAUGAAAUUGGGCUCUGACCUCUUUCAAGUACAUGUCCCCGCCUGCAUCCUGGCCCUCUGCGGCUGGGCUUACAGCCCUUCGUCAGGGUCCAUGCACCUCCCGGUGAUCACGUGUUCCCGCUGCAUGAGGAAGGUGGGGCUGUGGGGUUUCCAUCAGAUUGAGUCUUCCAUGGUCGAAUUGGACUCUUCCUUUGGAUUCAGCAGCACUCCCACCACGCCCACAGAGGCACGCUCGGACCGAGCCCCACUGGUGCCCACGUCUCCCCGCAGGAUGAUCACGAGGAGCCAGGACACAACGUUUCCUCCGGGCUCGGAGCAGCACGAGAAGAGCCCAUCCCCCGUGACAGCCCGUAUGCGGAGCUGGGAUGGCUCGAGCCCCAUGGACCGGGCUGAGCCGGAGGCAUCAAGCCCAUCGCCGAGGAGCCGCCCGGUGACCCGCAGCAUGGGGCAGGGGGACAGCGUGGAGGUGCCAUCCAGCCCUCACAGGAGAGCCAAGCGGGCGCGCCUCUGCUCUUCCAGUAGUUCGGACACUUCCACCAGAAGCUUCUUCGAUCCCAGCUCUCAACACCGCGACUGGUGCCCUUGGGUCAACCCAGUGCAGGAGAAGGCCGUCUCAGAGGACACCGGUGACCAAUCGGAGCUGACAUCUGUGAAGGCGGAGCCUGGCUGGCGGGUGGUGCUGAAUGUUCUCCUGGCCGCCAGGAAAUCAAACAGAGCAGCUGACGCAGAGCUUGUGAGCAUCUCAGUAAAAUCCUGCAAGGUGUUCCGGAUCUUCCGGCAGUGGGAAGCCACGUGCUCCUCCUGAAGACCCCCGGCCAGGGAACGCCUGCCAGGCAGGCUGCAUGGGACAUUGGGUUGGAUUAGAGAGCUGCUUUGCAGUUGCUUGCCAGGCAGCUCGUGGAGCCGCUCCUCCAGGCCCAGCGAGCAACGGGAGCCCUUUCCUGGGGGAUGCAGGUAAUUUGGGGGUGCCCAAAGCACGGUGUGAAGGCCACACUCGGCCCUGGCUGUAAACCGCACCCACUGCAGCUCUCAGAGCCGUUGGCUUGGGGCAGCCCCCUGCCGGCUCUGCCUUUCCCCCAUCUCCAACCAGAGCAGGCUCCAGGCGGGGAGGAUCUUUUCUGCCAAGGAACUACGUCCAUUUCAUAGAUUAGUGCAGCAGACGGGCCGAGGCCUGUCCCUCACUGCACACCAUACAGGGGCCUAUGAGCCAGGGCCCCGCUGGCUUGGGGAUGUGAUGACAGGUAGUAAUAAAAUCUUUCACUGGUUUUUUUUUUUUUUCUUAGCUGUCUGGCGCUCCUUCCUGCGGGGGUGGGGCUGAUCAGUGACACGCAGCCUUAGGCCUGGGCAGUCGUACACAGAUCUGUUCUGCUGGGAUCCCUGCUCCCCACACACGGGCACAGCACCUCCCCCGAUUCCCUGCCAGCAGACCUAUAGUGGGUGGAGUUCCCCAAGUACCUUUCCUGCUCCACCGCCAGGCUCGGGGUGUCUCGCCAGAAGCUCUGGCACCUCAGAAAGAGCUGGGCUGGCUUUGUCCGCAGGCAGGCACGAGGGAGCUUAGAGGAGGGGGAGGAUCCAAUCACAGCUGCAGGAUCAUUUUCUACAAGGCCCCACAGAACCCGUGAUGCCUUGACCGCACUUCUGCUGUGCUCACGGUGACCCAGGAAUCGCACCGUGAACUUCCAGCCCAGUUUGGCCAACCCAAGAAGUUUGAAGAAGCAGCUGCACAUGCAGGAGCUUGUCUCUCCAGCAGGUCAAUGCAGAGAAAGAGGAGGCCGUUCUGUAGCCAGAACUGGUUCCCUAAAUCUACCCCUGCCAGUGUCUCUUCUUCCCCCCCACUCCUUUCUCUCUGGAAAAUAGUUGUAAUUCUGAAUUCAUAUCGUGCCACUCAUCCCAUAGAUCCCAGGAUGCUUCACAUGUUAUACCCCCUGGCAUCACUAAAACGCAGCUACCUCUGGUGUGGAGCACGGCAGCGAGCCAGUGCAAUGCACAACGCUGGCAGAGGCUGUUCAAGGACACUGAGCAAACCCUCUUGAGAAGGAAGUUGCAAGGCUCUCUAAUAGCCACACUGCACAGGUUGGACCUCUGCAAAUUUCAUAUCUGCCCUGCAUGGAACUCUGCCUUGGAGGAUGACAAACUAAGCUAAGAUGCCCCUGCUGGGAUUCAAACUCCUGCUUCUAGGGAAUCUGGGCAUGUCCAACUGUCUUGAAAGGCUUUUAUAGACUAGUCUAUUGACAAGCCCCUUUUGGCCAAGGCUAGAUGUGCCCUUGAUGUAUCCCCGGGUGCCCCCUGCAGCUGUCAUGUCUGUUCUUUAGUCCAGCUGUGGAUCAAUCAGAAUAUGGCUUAGGUGCAAAGGAGAUAUACCUAUCCUAGAACUGGAAGGGACCCUGAAAGG